AUGUUUGCCACACAAAAUUAUGCCGAUGCCAUGGACUCUGGCAGGAAGCGAUUCAGGGAUGACGACGACUCCUUCAAUGCUGCUGCCGGGUUCGGAGAGCACAGAAACAAACGCCUUCAAUCACUCCCACUCCGAAGCUCGCCCAAAGUCAGUUCGCAAUCGCUGCCCUUCUCCAACAUCGUGCCGCUUAAUGCGAACCCUGCCGAGGCAGUCCCUCCACCACACCUCGAGUCAUGGCCACCAUAUUCGUCUCAACAUGUCCAGCUGCAGCAGGACGUUGAAGUUGACAUGAUGGAUACGGGGAGCUCGCCGCCCCUUGACCACGAUCAAGUCGUGCAGUCUGAAGCCUUUCCACACCAUCGCUCAACAGGUCGGACGCCCACGCCGAUACAGCAAAGUUUUGCUAUACAAGUGAGGGGGCCGCCUGGCGGGUGGACGCAAGGGCAGACAAAUCUCGCGCCAAACGGCAUCGUCAAUCUCGGUCACCAAGUCACUGGUCUCUCACAGGAUCAAACUGUGCCAAGAGCAGUGCCAGGGGAGGCAGAGUGGCAUACCCUGCAAAAUCAUCGACCAGACUUGCCGUCCCCUAUCUCGGAGCUGGGUGGUUCGGUAAUGACCAACACAGCAGAUUCUUCAGCCGGUGUAGUCAUGGACGGUGACAAAGCCUCUAGUCUGCCGCUUCCGCCUUCUCGUCAAUGUGCAUUCCCCGGAGAAGGCUCAACACACGCCAUGGAGCACCCAAACGCCGUGCUGGAUGUCGAUGGUCAUUUUGCAUCGUCCCAACAUUCAGAGUCUGACGCUGAUCCGACCUCGCCGUCUCCUGGACGCAAGGGGCAUCAACGCAGCAAGCACACAGUCAAUUCUUGGACCUGGCAACCAGGUAUGAAGAAGAGCUUCAGCAUAGGAUACCGAUCGGACUGUGAGAAAUGCAGGCUGAAGGUUCCCGGGCAUUUCAAUCACAUUGUGAUAUCUUAG